AUGAUCAGCGCCUCAAUGGGUGAAGCAUCUAAUAAGAGUGGUAAUGGCCAAUCAUCGGAUGGAAUGCAAAGCAUGCAGAAAGCGAGUGAUAUCACGAAAACUAUUGAUACAGGCAUUUAUAUCCGACAAGAAAGUGUCGAGGUUGAAGAGACGGAAUUAGUUGAAGAGAGCACAGUUGGGCAAGUGAUUGUUGGAGACGAUCAGGAAUAUUAUUUGAUUGUGAGCUUAAAUGGACCUGAUGUUGAUAUCGGAAGAAUAGAUAACGUUCAAAUCUUAAGAAAUGAUGAUGGUACAGAGACGGUACUACUGGAAAUAGAUGAGCUCAAUGAAUCAGAAAUUCCAUCUUCCCAUUACAGAAAACAAAAUGAUUCUUAUCAUGGUAUGGAAAUCGUAGAUAUCGAUAAACAUGAUAAAAUUAUGCAACAGCUGUUCGGCAACUCGGCUGGUUAUGAUCCGUAUCAACUAGGACGAUAUAGGAGAAACCGUGUGUACGGUACUUAUUCAUGUCCGGAAUGCGACCAAACUUUCAUCAAUACCGCUCGACUGGAAAGACAUUUAGCAGUUCAUCAGAUCUCUGGUUCGUUUCAAUGUCCAUUGUGUCAAAAAGUCUACAAAUAUGAAUAUAAUCUGUUUUAUCAUUGGCGUCGAACAUGUCAUGAACUGAGCGAACUGAUACCAGCUGAAAGAAGAAGGACAAUGGAUGUUAACAUUUUGCGAUCAAUGGUAUUAAAAUUUGCAAGGAAAAAAGCGGAUGAAGCACCACCACCUGUGAUGAAAAUAGGUAUUAAUCCGAACUUACUCUUCAGAUCGGACACAUUUGGUCUCAUCGAUAUGCAAGCUCCUCUAAAUACUCAAAAUAAUGUGUGUUCGGGUAUUCCAUGCAGGCAGUGUGGUGUGAAAAUAUCCAAUUCUGUAAUUCAAUGGCACAUUGCCAUGCAUCGAGGUAUUAUUCCUGUAGAUGCUCGAAGCGGUGGAGGUGAACAUUUUUGCAGCCUCUGUGGGCAAAUAUUUCGUCAACAUUAUAGUUUAAUUAAACAUUGGCGAAGCAGUUGCAACGAGAUACAAUCACGUCUUUCCGAUACUCGAGAUUUAUCUAUGGAUGACGAGACAUUGAAGGAUAUGGUAACAGAUAUAAUGCGCGAAUUAGGUGAAGAAUAUUCUCAGCGAUUCGGUGGGAUUUCACAAGAAGGUGGAGAUGUAGUAUCAUCUCAGGAUCUGUUUCUUUCCGCAGAUAAAGACAAGGACUUAUCAGUGGUUGAUUAUCGGCAAGAUGGACUUACUGGUCGUUUUUUAUCUCAUGAAAUGUUAACACAUUUGGAUGCCGGUGAUGAACCCGAAAUAGUUGACACAGAGGGACAUAGCGUUUCAUGGAGUUAUUUAGAUCAGGUGACUGGAGAUGCAGGUCCUAAUGAGCCAAAUCCUGUGCGUACAAAAUGGUCUUCUACUCAUGGCAUGGUGCAGUGUUCAGUAUGCUCCCGUACUUUUGUUAAUAUGGCAAGAUUAGAGAGGCAUAUUGCGGGUUUUCAUGCUACCACUGGAUCACAUCCAUGCGUUCUUUGUGGUAACCGCUUCAAAUACGAUUAUAAUCUUCUUUCGCAUUAUCGCCGUUCUUGUCCAUAUACGAAGUUAUAUAUUGAUUCAGAGAAAAGGGAACAGUUUGAUGCCCUUACACUGCGUCGUGCAGUAAGAGCACUGGCGCAGAGAAAUUUGCAGUUGUCCUCAGCGCAGAAAAAAAUGAUUGCUAAUAAACGUGAAGUUUUGGAUAGUUCAGUGGUAUCUAUUCCUCAUUUUCGCACAAGACCACCAUUUGAACUAAUGGUUAUGCGGCCGGAUCUACCGAACGGAAAAUCAUGUCCUGUUUGUGGAGUGGUAUUUUACGGUGGACGUGCUGUCGAGCGUCAUGUAAAAGCUGUCCAUCCUUCGGAAGUGCGCCAUUACUUUCUAAGCGAUACAAGGAAAGAAACAGAAACAGCUGUAUCUGGCCGACAGCGCUGUGCAGAAACCGCAGAUAGGUCGGGAAAUACUUUAAAGCAGACAGAUGAUACUGAUAACGUCGAACCUCCUCCUACACUUGCACCCGAAGUACCUAUUCAGGAGCCAGUGGUGGCAACGGAGCCUGUCGUUCGUCGCGUUUGUCGUAUUGAUGAGGAUCCCGAUGGGAAUCAAAUUUUCAUCGAUGAAAACGGAGAAGUUAUCGAAUUAGGAGAGGAUGAGGAGGUGCAAAUCCAGUUUGAUGAUAUUGAAAGCGUCCAGCAUUUAUUUGAAACUGGUCAACUUACUAUGGCGAAUGAUGAACAGGCAAUUAUUUUGGAAGGGAAUUUAAAUGAUUCGAAAUAUUGCUAUAAUGUGAACUAUGGUGACAAUAAUACCUCGAUUUUACCAACCGGUGGUGGUACACGUUUUGUGGAGGGUGAAAAAGAUGGAGAUAACAGAGAAGCACGAAAACAAGAGUUUGAAGGAAAUCCACAACAUUAUGAUUUCGGUACUACAACUGAACCGAUGAAAUCUGACCCGAGCUGA